AGGAAAUAUAUAACGAAAUUGGCGGCAAAUUGGCGAGGCGGCAAAAUGGAUAAGUACACAGUAACCUGCCAAAAUUUGAAAUAUAACCUUAAUUCUUUCCCAGGUGUGGGGAAUAUGAAUUCUGCGACUGAGGAGAAGUUCCUGGAACGCCUGCAGGAACGGCUCAAUAUGAUGAAGAAGAGGGCGUUUUUCAAUCCGAAGACCCUCAAUGGGAUGCGGGAGGAUUCUGUGUACGCCCUAAAUAUAGACGAGUUCUGGCAUCACACGAAGCCAUAUGUGCACAAAAUAUUCGUCAUAUACCUGACAAACCUGGACAGCGGUGACCAGGAACUGGUAUAUGCUAAGAGCUGCUCGCCGAAACGAGUAGACUCUCAAGAGUAUUUGACCAAUUCGAUGGAGACAGCAUAUAGCAUAGUGGCAAUGCUGAAAGGAGUGCCAGAAAACGUGAGGCAGAAUUUAGUUGCUAUUGUAUCUGAUAGGUGUAGGAUGAACAUAUCGGCCAUGUCGAUUGUAAAUUAUUUGUGUCCGUUUAAGCCUCCUCAAUUGGUUCACGAUGUGACCCAUCUCCAGUCCAAGUUUUGUAAGGAGAAUGAUAUGUUCUGCAGCCAUAAAGUGGAACUUAUCGUGGAAACAAAUUUCAAAAAAGAGACAUAUGUGCAGCAGUUGUCAACACUGCGAGAAGAGUGUGGCUCGAAAAAUUAAGACACAUUGCAUCUUUUUUGGAAUUUUGUCGAAGCGAUCAGAGGCACACUGCAGAAGAUAUUUAAGGUGAGGGAUGAGAUGACAUUGAUUCACCUUAAUAGCGAUAGGAUGGAGCGGCAUGGAAAGCUUGUUGUUUUCCAGAUGCCCCGUUUGUUAAUUACAGAUUGUGAUAAGGGAGCAGGAAUUUUUAACUUUGUAGUCUAUGAUGCAGCCUCAAAAUUAUAAUUUUUCAGUCUGUGCGUCCGUGUCCGUCCACGCUUCUCUUAGGGCAUUAAUUGUAAUAUUUGUAAA